AGAAGACAGUUACCAGGGUAACGUCGACAUCAUCUGCUCUUGUUUGCGCUAGCAUUGGCUAGCUUGUGUUUUAACGUUUACAUUUAACGUUAGUAAACUGUUUCCUCUUAAGUAAACCAGCUUGCUAAAUAGCCGCCUCGCUUGGAAAAUACAGACAUUACCUAUCUACGAAAACGACCAUAAGGGGCAAGGUUUAAGGAAUAAUGGCGAGUCAGCGACCUCCCUCUGGCAUUGGCAGGCCUUUGAGCCGCAGUGGGACUGCAGUCCCUGGGGCUGGAAGACCCCCGACAGCCGUCCGACCUCCUCCUACAGCGAUCCGUGUCACAACCGGGAUGGUUCCAGGUACAAGUGGUCAUCCUGGCAUGAGGGGCGGGAUCCCCAUCGGCACCCCUGGAGUCCUGUCAGCGCAGAUCAAAGUGGCUGACAGGCCGGUGACCCAGCAGGGUCUCAGUGGUAUGAAGACCGGCAUGAAAGGACCUCAGAGACAGAUUCUCGAUAAGUCCUACUACUUGGGCCUUCUUAGGAGUAAGAUCAACGAGUUGACCACAGAGACUAGCAAACUGCACAAAGAGAUCGACAACUACAACCAGGAGAAUUCAGUUUAUCUGUCCUACGAAAAGAAAGCUGAAGGCCUGGCUGGGGAGAUUAAGGAUCUACAGGGCCAGCUUGCUGACUACAACAUGCUGGUGGACAAGCUCAACACAAACACAGAGAUGGAGGAAAUGAUCAACGACUACAACAUUUUGAAAGCGCACAAUGACAGCGAGGCUGAAGGCAUCGACAGCAUCUUCACUGAGAGGAGGGAGAGAGAGGAGGCCAUCAGGGCCAUUGAAGAGGAGAUCAGGAGGGAGAGGCGGGUGGCCGAGGAGGUCGUCCAGGCGAUGCCAGCCAGCAAGCAAGAGCAAUACUUCACCAUGACAACAGCCAAUGAGGAACUACUGCAGGAGCUCACUGUUCUCCAGGAGGAGCUGGACAUUCUGAUCACCAGGAAGGAGGACUACGAUGCUGAGCUGGCCCACUCGCACACCAAGCAGGAAGUGGUUCGGCUCCAUGAGACUCUGUUGGCGCUGGAGGCGAAGCGUGAGGCCAUGGAGGCUGAGCACAAGAGCUCCCCGCAGGAGGAGAGAGAGAAACUGUUCAAACAGGUGAAGGAGGACAACCAAGAAAUCGCCAGCAUGGAGAGACAGCUGACAGAGAUCAGGGACAGGAUGGAACAAAUCACAGAGCAGAUCCGACAGCUGGAGCAGGACUCGGAGGAAGCACAGGGGGAGUGUCAGCAGAAAUACAGGGAGCUGAAGAAGAGGGAGGAGGAAAUUGACCGAUACCUGGAGUCAUUUGAGGAGGUCAGGGCUCAGGAGCAGGACAAGAUGUCACAGAGCCAAGAGAACAUCGUCUCCAUCCUGGAACACUGCAGCAGAAACAUGUUAAGACUACAUCAGGUGGACACAGUGACAGCCAGUGAGCUGAGGAACAUGCAGGAGGUGCUGGUCAGCAAGGAGACGGAGGUGGUCCAAUCAGAGAGCACUGCCAGAGGACUGACAACGGAGUCCCAGCGGCUGCAGCAGGACCUGGAGAAGGUGCAGCAGCUGGAAGGGAAGAUCACAGGGGAGCUCAGCUCUCUGAAGGAGCGCGUCAGCACCAUGGAGACUGAGCUGGUCACCUACAGAGACCUGGACAACCUGAGGCACACAGGGGAGGAGAAAAAAAAGAGGCUACAAGAGGAGCGUGUGUCCCUCACUCAGCGUCGGGAUUCAUUCAAACAGCUGCUGGAGGAAAUGAAUCAGACAUAUGAAGCUCUGAAGACCAAACUGCAAGAGAACGAGACUCACGCUCAGCUGGCUAACCUCGAGAGGAAAUGGCAACACUUGGAGCAGAACAACUUUGUGAUGAAAGAGUUCAUCGCCUCGAAAUCUCAGGAGAGUGACUACGCCUCUGUCGCCAAGAAUGUCUCCCAACAAGUGGCCGAGUACAACAAGAGUCUCAUCGACUCUCUGCAGAACAACAGGAGUUAAACAGCAAUAUCAAAAGGCAUUUCAGUUCAGGAUAAAGUGAUCAGCAGCACAUAGAAUCACUCAAAAGCGAUGCAGUUUUCUUUUGAGAAAGUUAAUACUUUACAAUCUUUCAGCAGCACUUGAAAAAAAUGACAGAUAUUUCAAAUGUAGUUUUGCGUUUUGCCAGUUCAACAUGUUCAUUAUGUCAAGUUUGUGUUAUGUCAGUAAAACUGUAGCUGCUUUCUGUCCUCAAAUACCUUAAUAUGUCAAAGUAGUGAAAGUUUGAAAGAAUAGAUGUAGUAUUUUUCUAUUUGAAUGUAAAGGAUGAGCAUUCCAUGUCAAUAUUGUGGGUUUCUGCCAUUAUAUUUUCAAAGUUCUCUGAAUAUUUGAAUAAAGA